GUCAAGCUGAGUAAAACACAGUAAGUAGCUUAUGUUUAAACAUGUAUAUUAAAUGAUUACAUCAAUCAAUGAAAUAUGAAUGAAAGUGAAAGAUAUUAAAAUGAAAUACGUGCUUCAAAAUACUUAUACUUGUAACAAUAUCUAAUAAAAAAAUAAAUUAAUGAUCGAAGAUUAUCGAAGGUUUCAAUGAGUAAAAAUGUCCUUCGAUAUUAGCAACUAUUCAAUUGGCCAAGCCUCUUCUUUACCACGCGCUUCAAACGAAUAGAAUUACCUAAGUUCGAAAGGCGGCUAUAGAUAAACCAAUCAGACGUCGCGUAGUAUCUUUGCACCCAGGAUAUUGCUUAGAAAAUCAAGAUGGCAUCCGAGAAUGAUACGGGUAUCGUGUCAAAUGAACGAUGUGAUGUAAAUAAUACGAUUCAGCAAGUGUUUGAGCCGUUGAAAGGGGAAAUAUCGAACGCGAAGGUACUUAGUACACAGUGGAAGAAUCUAAUCAAAGAGGCAACCGAUUGUUCCGACAAUAUCGGUUUAAAUUCGGACAGGACGCCUACGGUUUUUCCAACAGCGUCAUCGUUCAACACAAACACCGACCGAAAUGAGUUACAAAGAAACGCAAAUAUUUUGAGGUCUUCUGGUGAUGUGCAAGAAAGUGCAAAUUAUAAAUUCGUUAUUAAUACAACUUUGCAUAAAUUACCCUCGAAGUCAGACAGUAUGUCCACUCAGAGGAAUGAUCUAGACAGUGCUGCUUGUGUACCUGAGAAAACAGACGAUAAUCCAGAUCACUGUAAUAAUGAAUUAUUGAGGUCUGGUAGAGAACCAGUACAACAUAUUCAUACCGAUUCCACAUGUGGCAACAGUACAAUAGUAUCCACCAACAUGCAUGCAUUACCAGCAAAAUUAGAAGGAUGUUUAGGCUUUUCUAACAAUACUCCUCAACUUGGGGAAAGUCCACAAAGUAGUGGUGAAGUAAUCAGUAGUCCUCGAAGUCCAGAUUACCCUCCAAGGGUUUCAAAUAGUCCACAUAGUCCAGAUAUAAUGUUUCCUAUCACUAUGACAUCGACUCAUACUAAUUCUAAUAUAAAUAUAAUGGAUACAGCAAAAUACAAUGAAGAAAAUAAUGAAACAUCAGAAAUUAACAAAGAAAUGCAGAUUUAUCAACAUUAUGGGGAAUUAGCAACUAAUGAUUUAGAAAAAUCUGUUUUACAAAUAAAAAUAAAGGAUGAACUUAGUUUGGCCGAGGAACAUAUACAAGAAUUGAUUGUGAAAAGAGAAAUAGUUGAACAAAAAGAAGAAUCAGAAAUGCUUCAUGCAAAUUGGGAAGAUGCAAGGUUACUGAUCAAUGUUGUUAAAAAAACUGAUGAUGAUGAUAAUACAGCACAUCAAAAAUGUAUAGAACCUAUUGGUACAGCAUCUUCAACUUCUCAUUCAAAGAUGGACUCAUCAUCUAAAGAUAAACGUAAAGAACAUAGUGACAGAAGACAUUGUUCGAGAUGUUAUAAAAGAAGUAAAAUCAAACGGGCAAAUGUUGGUAUUCAAUGUAAACGUGAUCGCAAUAUACUUCCUUUAAAUUCUAAGACAAUUUCUCUACCAUUAUCAAAAUUUACUAGUGAUAAUUUGAGACUAAACUUACAAAUAAAAAAUUUCAAAAUGCUUAGUAGUUCAGCAAUAAGGAGUGAUUUAUUAUUAGAAGGCUUAAAGUAUAAGAAAUAUAUUCAUAUAGAAACAUACCCUAAUGGUGGAGCAUCUAUUGUGCAUAUGUUUCAAGAUGAAAUUGAUACUUUGUCAAGUGAACAAGUAGAAGAGUUGGCACAAGAGUAUUUUAAAGUAGUUUUUGGAGAAGAUGAAAAUGGUAAUGCACAUCAUGUUAUGGGAAUAGUGCAUAAUGCAGCAGCAUAUCUCCCUGAUCUUUUAGAUUAUAUGGCAAAUAACUAUCCUACUUUAACUGUGAAAAAUGGAGUAUUAGGAAGAAGUAGUGAUAUUGAAACAACUACUAUGGUACAGUACAAAGAGCAAGUAUGCAAAGCAUAUAAUAAUGGAACAAUACGAUAUGGACCUUUGCAUCAAAUAAGUCUUGUGGGUACUGUCCAUGAAGAAGUUGGAGGUUACUUUCCCGAUCUUUUACAAAAAUUAGAAGAGAAUCCAUUUUUGAAAUUGACAAUGCCAUGGGGUCCACUAUCAGUAGUAAAAAUGGAAACUCCACAAGAAUCAAAUGAUGGCCCUAUUCUAUGGAUUAGGCCAGGGGAACAACUAGUUCCUACAGCGGAUAUAAAUAAAAGCCCUUACAAGAGACGUAGAACGGGCAUUAAUGAACUACGCAACUUACAAUACUUACCACGACUUAGCGAAGCUCGAGAAUACAUGUUUGAAGAUCGUACAAAAGCUCAUGCUGAUCAUGUAGGCCAUGGAUUGGACAGAAUGACUACAGCUGCUGUUGGAGUACUAAAAGCAGUGCAUGGUGGUCAACCGUCAGAAUAUAACAGAGCUACAAAAGACGUGGUUGCAUUUUAUGCUGGUGAUUUUCCAGAAUUAGUUGAAAAACUUCAACUAGACCUUCACGAACCACCAAUAUCACAAUGUGUACAAUGGGUCGAAGAUGCUAAAUUGAAUCAAUUAAGAAGACAAGGUAUUCGUUAUGCAAGGAUAAAUCUUUAUGAUAAUGAUAUUUAUUUUUUACCACGUAACAUUAUUCAUCAAUUUAGAACUGUCUCAGCUGUUUCAAGCAUCGCAUGGCAUGUUAGACUGAAACAGUAUUACCCAGAUUCACAACAUAAUUCAAAUAUAAGACAUAGCCGAGUUAUUAAUGAAUCUACACAUCGUGUUAAGGAAAAGAAACCAUUAGAAACCGUUGGUAUAGGAGACGAACAGAAAGAAAAUACUAAUCGUCAAAGAUUAGAACAAAAACUUUAUUCUGAUUCUCUUGAAGAGAAAAAGGCUAAAGAAAGAGCUGCAGAGUAUCAAGGAAACUUAAAAAAAUCAGAUCAACAUGGAAAACGAAAAGACGAUCGUAAAAGCCGUGAUCAUGGCCGACACUCGUCUGUUAAAAGAAAAGAUUGUGAAAAUGGUAAUAAGUCUUCAAAUCAUUUCAAUGAUGAUGUAACAAAAAAGAGUGGAUCUAGUGAUCAAAAAUCAAGCAGAAGUAAAAGAGAUAACAAAAGGUCUGAUAAAAAACACGAAAUACAACGUCCCAAUAGUCACAAAUCAAGUCAUCAUUCGCAUGGUAGUAGUAGCAGCAGUAACAGUAGCAACAAAAGUAAUCAUUCUGGAGAAAAGAAGAAGUAUGACUGUAGUAGUCAUAAAUUAGAUCAUCAUCGCAGUCAUCAUAGUAGAUCGAGUAGUAGUAAUAAUGUUUCAAAUAAAGAGACUAUUUCAAAUGUAAUGGAAGAACGAACCUCUAUUAAAUAUGGUACAACAGGAUCUCCUCUAAAAGACAGCAAAAGACAUUAUAGUUCUUCAGAACUUUGUCCACCUAUAUUGGAAUCCUCUAGUCCUGAAGCUAUCGUUUUGGACAAUGAAGUGUUAAAUCAAAGGCAGUUAAUAGCUAAAACUUAUGCAACUGAGGUUGUUGAUAAGGCAUUAGAAAUUGCUAUUUACAAAUCUAAGACUGACGUCGAAGAAGUUUGUCAAUCUCUGAGAAUUGGUGUAGCUGAAGCUUCUAAAGAAGUUUUAGAUAAAAUUAGAAAAGAAAGUUUUGAAAUUGCUGAACAAAGGUUCAAAGAUGAUACUGCAAAAUUGGAAAGGUAUUCUCAAUUACUUGAAAUGGAAACCGUAUUAGCGUUUACAUCGAAAAUGGAAUGUGCAACAGAAAAUGCAGUAAAAGCUUUAAUUGAAAUGGCCGAGGAUGAAGCUAAGGAAAGAACAAAGAAUGAUAAACCUUCUGAAAGUCUUGCCGAAGAGAAUGUCGUUACAGAAAACCAAGUUCCCAUUUCGACUAGCAUUAAUUCUUAUUCUUCCGUUUCAAUGACGUUCACGUCACCAUUGAUGGAAAGUGAAAAAUACAAUAGUAAUAAUAGAGUUAAUAACGUUGAAGAAAAAUCUUCAAAAUCAUCCGAUCAUCAUGCUUCUAUUGGAGAAUCUAAAAGAAAGUAUAGAGAUGAGAAAGAUUCUAGGAGUCAGAGGCACAAGGAAAAAAGAGAUCGUGACAAACGAGAUCGAGAUCGUAAAAAACAUCGUCAUCGAAGUCCACAAAGUAAAUCUGAACAUAAAACAACAAGUGAAACAGCUAAGGAAAGUUCAUCGAAGAACGUGACCUCCUCGUCGGUUCGGGAUGGUUCCAAUUUGAAUAAAUCAGCAGACUCUACUGAUGUUAAAGAAAAUGAAAAGAAAUUAGAAAAACGAAAAGACAAUCAUCACAGUCACGGAAGAGACGGACAAAAGAGAUCAUCUAACAGUCGUUCGAGUAAAGAUGAUGCAGGAUCAAGUCAUUCACAUUCAACGAGUUCAAGUCAUAAACGUAAGUCAAGCUCGGAACAUAAAGAGCACAAGAAAUUGUGUACAGAGAAAGAAACUAUUUCACGAACAUCAGAGCAAACAAAUAUUAUCCCUUUAACUCCUACUACAACAACAUCUGUGACAACACCAACUGAAGCAGCUUCUACGAACGUUGUUACAUCAACAACAUGAAAAGGUGCAAAUUAUCUUCAUUGUGUAAUACAGUCUGUUUAUAAAACCGACAGUUUAUAUUAACAUGGAUAGUAAUAGAAAUAUGUGCAUUUCUAUUUGAAUGAUAUAUCUUGAUACAAUUAAAUCAAGAAUGAUAAAAAUUUGUGCUUGGUUCACAAACUUGAAUAUUUGAUUACCACUUUGAUUUGAUGCACCUUCAUAAACAGAUCAUGUUAAUGAUCUAAUUGAUUUUCAGAGCUUAUUCUUGAGAUUGACGUCUCUAUUGCAAAAGUUAUUUUGCUAUGAAAACUCUGAAUGUUUCAUGAAGUGAAAGUGAAGAAUGUAGUUGAUAGAUAUUUAUACUGUAAGUGAUUGAUCAAUAAGUUGGUGUACAAAUUAGAACUUGUACAAAUUAGUGGUUGGGAAUUUUUUUCCAAUUAGCACAAGAUUAAUUGUGCAUUGUAUAUAGACCAAAAAAAAAAAUGCCCUAUU